AUAAAGAAGAACAGGCUAUUCACCAGCUCAUCAGCCUCCAGUCAGAAGAAAGGACGACCUCUCCAGCUCAUUGAACAGACAUGGCUCCUUGCGGUGAUGGAAAGCUCCUCUUCUGCGUCCUCUUCCUCUCCUGCUGCAUAGCGACUUUGGCGCAGAGACCCGUGGACUGCUGCACCGAUGUAAUUACGAGGACUACAAUUGAAAGACGUUCACUUGCAGACUACCGUCUACAGUUCAGGGGACAAGGCUGCCCCAAUGAUGCAGUGAUGUUUGUGACCAGACGUGGGAAGGAACUCUGCUUUGCCACAGACUUGCCGUGGCUCAAUGAUGUGAUGAAACAUGUGGAUGACUUGAAGAAAGGGUGCAAGGAGGGCAAAUAUAAGUACAAACGCUGCUUUGGAGUGAAGCGUGUGUAA